AUUGAUUCAUAAAAGAAAAAACAUGAUCUGUUGUCAUUUGCUGGCUCCUCCAAAUAUUCUUGCACGAUUUGCAGUGUGUGUCUCUCUCUAUCUCUCUUUCUUUGUGUGUGUAGAAGUAUUUAUAUAUAAAUUGUGAAGUGUUUGUUUGGCCAUGUUUGCUUGAAAUUGCAUUUCUUUUGAAUUAAUUAAGGGUGGGUAGUGGAAGCAAGCAAGGAAGCAACAAGAUAAGAAAGCAGAAGAGGAGAGGAGAGAGGAUGAUAUGCCAUGCCACAUCCUCUGUUUUCAUUCCCAUUCUUAGUUUUCCCUUCCAUUCAAUUUUUCACAUAACCUCUCAUUAUUAUUAUUAGUUUUACUUUCUUUUCUUUUCUUUCCAUCACCAACCAUUCAUCUUUGAAUGGUGAAUUUCCUUCCCAUCUGGGUUCCUUUCAUAUUCCUUUGAUCUCUUCGCCUCUCACAAUCCCUUCUUCUCUGAUCCCAGAAGGAAAAAAAAAAUAAAAAACAUAAAAAUUAAAAAUUUUAUAAAAAAAAAAAGUACAGACAGCUGUUUGCUUGGUUUCUCUCUUUGCUGGAUUAGAAAGUUGUUGAUUGGUGCUCCGAAGAUCCGAUUAGAUCGAAUUUGAGAUAUCCCACUUCGUUUCUGAUUUAAGCACCAACUGGGUUCUGGCUGAGAUUCAAUAUAAGGUGACCCUUCUUCACAGAUUUAUCUAAUCUGCAUUUCUGAUCGCUCUGCUUCGUUUCUCUCUUUGCUGGAUUAGAUAUUUUGGUUCAGCUUUUGAUUGAUGCUCCGAAGAUCCGAUUCUCUUAGAUCGAAUUUGGCAUAACCCACUUCAUAUCUGAUUGAAGCACCAACUGGGUUCUGUCUGGGAUUCAAGAUAAGAACAGAUGGAAUCGGAUCUUGGCAAGCUCUUCAUUGGGGGAAUUUCCUGGGACACUGAUGAGGAACGUCUCAGAGAGUAUUUUGGGAAAUAUGGAGAGGUAAUAGAGGCUGUGAUCAUGAGAGAUCGCACAACAGGUCGUGCUCGUGGUUUCGGGUUUGUUGUCUUUUCGGAUCCUGUUGUUGCUGAAAGAGUCAUCAUGGAUAAGCACAUAAUUGAUGGCCGCACAGUUGAAGCUAAGAAAGCUGUUCCUAGGGACGAUCAGAUCACUGUAAACAGACAGUCUGGUACCAUCCAAGGAUCUCCAGGUCCUGGUCGCACCAAAAAGAUUUUUGUUGGAGGUUUACCAUCAACAAUCACAGAGAGUGAUUUUAAAAAGUACUUUGAUCAGUUUGGUACAAUUACUGAUGUUGUUGUAAUGUAUGAUCACAAUACCCAGAGGCCGAGAGGUUUUGGCUUCAUCACAUAUGAUUCAGAAGAAGCCGUGGACAGAGUUCUCUAUAAAACCUUUCAUGAACUCAAUGGAAAGAUGGUUGAGGUCAAGAGGGCAGUUCCCAAAGAGCUUUCGCCUGGACCUAGCCGGAGCCCAUUGGUAGGAUAUAACUAUAGCCUGAAUAGGACCGGUAGCUUACUAAAUAGUUAUGCUCAGGGUUUCAAUAUGAGUCCAAUUGGAAAUUAUGGUGUCAAAAUGGAAGGAAGGUUCAGUCCACUUACUAGUGCUAGAAGUGGGUUUACCCCAUUUGGCUCCAAUGGUUAUGGAAUGGGAGUGAAUUUGGAUUCAGGAUUGAACCCAAGCUAUGGAGGGACUUCUGGUUAUGGUGGCAGUCUUGGAUAUGGUCGGAUAAAUCCCUUAUACAAUGGCAACCCAAACAGAUAUACCACUCCUAUUGGCAAUAGUGGGGGAAGUGGGAGAAGUGAUGCUCUAAUGAACUCGGCUUCUCGGAGUGUUUGGGGAAAUGGGGGCCUGAACAGUGCUGCUGCCAAUAAUCCAUCCAGCCCUGGCAAUUACUUGGGAUCCGGAAGUGGGGCUUUUGGUGUUUCAAUUGGAAAUAGUGGCCCAAAUUGGGGUUCAUCAGUUCCAACCCAGGGAGGAGGGGCUGCUUCUGGGUAUAGUACUUGGGGUAACACUUAUGAAGAUGGGGAUAACAGCAUUGGUUUAGGAGGGGGAGGGUAUGGAAGGAACAGCAGUCCAAGUGUGCCUCAAUCCUCAACAUUUACUGCACCAACUGGUGGUUAUGAAGGAUCUUAUGGGGACUUGUACCGCAGUGGUUCAGUUUACAGUGAUUCAACUUGGCAGUCUGCUGCUUCUGAAAUAGAUGCUUCUGGUUCGUUUGGUUAUGGUGGGAUUGGUGUUAUAGCUUCAGAUGAUCCAGUAAAGAGUUCUGAAGGUUUCAUUGGAAACUACAAUGUAAUAAGUAGACAAACUAAUAGAGGAAUUGCUGCGUAGGAGAUAUGUUAAUUGGAUAUGUUAUGGUAACAUUAGAUCAAGGAAAACUGGUUAAAGAAAAGGAGGUAUUGUGAAACCAUACAGAAGCUAAAUCAGUCAAAAGGGAUUUUGUGUAAGGUUUGGGAUUUUUGUUUUGUCUUUAUUUUUCAAGGCUAGGAUUCCUUUCAUGGAAUUUGAUUGAGGUGUAACAUCAGAUUGCGGGAUAUACUCAGGAAGAUUGGUUCCAGUAGUUUGAUAGUGCAAUGCUGGAGAGGUGCACCAUCGUUAGUAUGCUUAAUGAUAGUUUAUUAAUUUUUGAAUUUUUUCUGCCACUGUAAUGCUUGGCAAAGCUGUUUGUUCUUGUCACCAUCUUUUUCAUGGGACACGUUUCUGAUCAAAUUGUAAGUGAAGUUCAGUUUGAUUUAUCAGGUUUGAUACAUUAGAGGGGCACCCAUCUUGGAUCCCCCAUCAAAUAAUUAGUUACUGGACAGAUAUUAUUUUUUCUUA